AUUCUUUCUGAGGCAUGGUGGGAGAAAUUCAUCAUCGACAACAACAGAAAUGGUGUAGCAGACCAUGUCGUCCCCCUAUGAAGAUGACACCUUUACGGAGGCGAGUGACAGUCAAACAGAAGCGUCUGUCGGAGAAGGACGUAGAAAAGAAGCCGACCUUGACCAUGAUGACUCACUUUCAAGGACUCACACAUCAGAGUCGCAAGAGCGUUGGUCAGAGGAUGUUUCGCAAUCGUCUGACAGAACAUCGCUGACCUCGGAGAAUGGCGGACACCUCCAGGUGUACAGCGUGUCGUCUAUCGGAGAGAGUGAGUCGCGUAGCUCCCUCAGCAGCAGCGGGAGGAUCGUGGAGAGAUGGUCACACAGUAGUACAACUACUGGGGUUAGUCUCUCACAAGAUAUUUCCACAGAGCUGACAGAAGACUCAGCUGCAGACAGAGAUGCCAGCUACUCUGAGGAUUUUAUCACCACUAGUGCCACAUCAGUUGCCGAGGAGGAUGUGAGGUCAGACAGGAGCUCUGUUGAGUCAGGCUCGGUGAAAGAGGAGUUGGAGGAUGAGACCAGUGAUCACCAUGGAGAUGGUUACCAUGGUUACUCAAGUGACGACUUUGAGUCUUCAGGAGGUCAGAGUUCAGCCACAGAAUCUGUAUCAGCUGAAAAAGAAUCUGAAGCCAGGUCAAACUUCUUACACCGAGCAUGCCAACUGGUUAAACAGAACAGCUCAGCCUUGUUAGACACAGAAGUGAUGGCCAGCAGUUCAACCCUGCACGAGGCAGCGAAACCAGGUGAAGAAGACAUCAAAGUCACACCUGAACUGCUGGAGUUCUGUUCGAGGAAGCUGCAAUUGCUGAAAGAAAGAGCUAGUAGUAUGUCAGAUGCCAAAGGAACUGAGAAAAGUCCUCAAAGGAAGCAGGACACAGUAAAACCUACCACAGACAAGACACACAGAAGUCACAAGCCAAGCUCCAGUAGUGCUUCUAAGGAAACAAGAUACACCAGGAAAGAAAAAGAUGCUGUGGACAGAACAAAAACAAGCAGAAGGCACAAAAAGAAAUCAAAGUUACCUGAAGAGAGAGGCAGCAGCAUGUCAGGUGUCAGGAAGGCAGUAGUGGAAAUCGCACCUCCACAGAAUGAUUUGAACUCCUCUGUUGAUUUGGUUGGUGAAACUGGUAAAACAUUAAGUAUAGCCCUGUCAAAGAAAAAUCCACCCAGUGCUGAUGCCCAGAGUACAGACAGUUCAGUUCCACGAGGUUUAGUGGACAGGAUAAAGCUUGACACCAUGAUGCUAGACAUGAAAAGGGGAGCCAAGGCAAAGGUGCACAACCCGAGAACCUGCAGGUCCUGUGUGAAAAGACAGGGGGCACUCCAGCAGCAGGAGUUUGUGAAGAAGAGCCGGGCUAAUGUAGAGAGAAAGCUGAUUGAUGCCAAGGUGGAAAAUCAUCUGAUCAACCACAACUCAUUGACUCUGAUUGGAGAAAUCGCUCGGACGUUGCCCCGCCCCACAGAUGAUCCUAAUGAUGUGUGGGCAAGACUUAUGAAGGGAAAUACCAUGCAAAAAGAUGGUGAAAACAGUAGAGAUGUUAGCUGACAUCUAUGUUUUGCUGU